AUGCCAUUUAAGAAAGUAGGACCACCACCAAAGAAUUUACCACCAUUACCAAGAUUAAAAGUAAGAAAACCUAUAAUUGGUAAAUCAACAAAUCAAUGUUUUGUAUUAAUGUCAUCAUUAUUAAAUUGUUGGGCUUCUAAUGGUGAAGGAAAUCAAGUAUGUCAAGGAUUUGAAAAAGAUUUAAAAAAUUGUAUGGAAACUUUUAAACCUAAUUCACUGGAACAAUUAAGUACUAUUAAUUAUCAUUCUACUAGAUUAUAUCCUAAAUUAAGAGGUAAAGUUCAUGAUUAA